AUUCGCCCCUAACAAAAGAGACCCGUCAGAAUUCAUUACCGUUCCUCACGCAGGAGCUCAGCAUAAAGCCACAGAACCCUCCCACCUCAAACGCCGAGGGUUUCACAAAGAAUCCCGCCGUGUUGUGCCCUCUCCGGCGUGCAGCACCGCCCGAGGGCAGCCGAGCCCAGCACAGAGCACAGCAGGGCCCGGGACACGAACUCUGCCCGAGGGCACCGCUCAUCGCACCCCUGAGCCGUUCCAAAGGGGACAAGCGCCACUCCCGGGGGACCCUGCCGCGGGGGACCCCGACAGGGCUGGGAGGCUUUGGAAAUGCGGCUUUCCGCGAGCGAACAGCCGACAUUCCGCCUCUCCGGGGCCCAAGCUCGGCCUCCGCCCCGGCGGAAGCGGCUGCGGAACCGUACGGCUGAAGCACAGGGCCUGUCUGGGCAGCGGAACCGGCUUCGCUCAGACCUGCCAGCGCUCAAACCCCACCGGGCUUGCGCCGCUCCUGCCCGGGGCCCCUCACGAGGCACCACCAGCCCCGCUCGCUCCCCGACAUCGCGGCCCGGGCUCCGCCGGGAUCCCCCGGCCCGGGCCCGCCAUGGCCGCCGCCCGCCCGGCCCGUUACCGGGGCAACGCCGCCGCUCUCGCGAGAGCGCGCGCCGGAAACGACGCGCGAACGUGUGGGUGUGGCACGUGACAGGGCGCGGGGAUUCCGAACGGCGCAGGCGGAGGCACCUCAGGGAAGGAACCAUGCCCAGGAUCACUCUGAACGGGGUCACAGUGGAUUUCCCCUUCCAGCCCUACCCGUGCCAGGAAGCCUACAUGGCCAAGGUGCUGGAAUGCCUGCAAAAGAAGGUAAAUGGUAUUUUGGAGAGCCCCACAGGCACAGGGAAGACCCUGUGCCUGCUGUGCUCCACCCUGGCCUGGCGGGAGCACUUCAAGGACACCAUCUCAGCCCGGAAGAUCGCGCAGCGCAUGAACGGGGUGGAGCUCUUCCCUGACAGACCUGUGUCCUCCUGGGGCACUGCUGCCACAGAUGGAGAUGUCCCAACUUAUUACACUGACAUUCCAAAAAUAAUUUAUGCCUCCAGGACUCACUCCCAGCUUACACAGGUCAUUAAUGAGCUAAAGAACACAGUGUACAGGCCAAAGGUUUGUGUGCUGGGCUCCAGGGAGCAGCUCUGCAUCAAUCCUGAAGUGAAGCGCCAGGAGAGCAACCACAUGCAGAUCUACAUGUGCAGAAUGAAAGUGAUGGCUCGUGCUUGUCAUUUCUAUAACAAUGUGGAAGAAAAGAGUACAGAGAAAGAACUGAUUGAAUCAAUCAUGGAUAUUGAAGACUUGGUUAAAAAUGGGAACAAGCACAGAGCUUGUCCUUAUUAUCUCUCUCGAAGCCUGAAGCAGCAAGCAGACAUUAUUUUUAUGCCUUAUAACUAUUUACUAGACUCAAAGAGCAGGAAAUCACACAACUUGGACUUGAAGGGGACGGUGGUGAUACUUGAUGAAGCUCACAAUGUGGAGAAGUUGUGUGAGGAGUCCUCUUCUUUUGACUUGACUCCUUACGAUCUGGCUUCGGCAAUGGAUGCAAUAAAUGUUGUCCUGGAGGAACAAGCCAAAGUGGUUCAACAGAAUGAAAUCAAUGCUGAAUUCAACAUGGAGCUGGCCACUUCAGGACUGAACAUGGAACUGGAAGAUAUAGCAAAGAUCAAGAAAAUUCUUCUUCAACUUGAAAGUGCUAUUGAUGCAGUGGAGCUGCCAGCAAAUGGUAAUGGAGUCACCAAAGAGGGAAGCUACAUCUUUGAUCUGUUUGCAGAAGCCCAAAUAACACUACAGACCAAAUCCUCCCUCUUGGAGUCACUGGAGCAGAUUUUACAGUUUCUUUCAGGCCGUACUGGGAUAUUUGUCAAUACAUCUGGAUUGCAUAAGGUCUCAGAUAUUAUCCAGACAGUGUUCAGCAUGGAUCCCCCAGAAGGAGUCACAACUGGGUUCCUGCCACGUCAGGCAACAUCUAAAUAUUACAAGGUACAUAUUCAUGUGGAUAAUGGCAAUCAGAAAAAGAAACAAAGGACAGAUCUCUGGAACUCAUCAUCUUCAAAAAGACAAGGGAAGACUUUAAGCUAUUGGUGUUUCAGCCCUGGGUACAGCAUGCACGAGCUCGUUCGACAGGGAGUCAGGACAAUCAUCCUCACCAGCGGGACACUCUCACCCCUCUCAUCAUUUACAAUGGAAAUGCAGAUCCCUUUUCCUGUUUGCCUGGAGAAUCCUCAUGUAAUUGAUAAACACCAGCUCUGGGUUGGGAUCAUUCCAAAGGGACCUGAUGGAGCUGUGCUUACUUCCACCUAUGAAAGAAGGUUUUCAGAGGAUUAUUUAUCUUCUCUGGGGAAAACAAUUGGUAACCUUGUGAGAGUUGUGCCACAUGGGCUCUUGGUGUUCUUCCCAUCGUAUCCUGUCAUGGAUAAGAGCCUGGAAUAUUGGAGAGAGCAUGAUUUUACCAAAAGAAUAGAAGAAGUGAAGCCGAUGUUUGUGGAACCCAGGAACAAAGGAAGCUUUUCAGAGGUUAUUGAUGCCUACUAUGAUAAAGUUGCCUGUCCUAAGUCCAAUGGAGCUGCUUUUUUGGCAGUGUGUCGGGGCAAGGCCAGUGAAGGCUUGGACUUUGCAGACAUAAAUGGACGAGGAGUCAUCAUUACUGGGCUUCCAUUUCCCCCUCGUAUGGAGCCCAGAGUAAUUUUAAAGAUGCAAUUCCUGGAUGAGAUGAGGAGAAGUGGUGCAGGUGCACAGUAUCUGUCUGGGCGUGAGUGGUACAGUCAGCAAGCGUCCCGGGCUGUCAACCAGGCCAUCGGCCGGGUCAUCAGGCACCGCCAGGACUACGGGGCCAUCUUCCUGUGUGACCAUAGGUUCACAACUUGUGAUGUCAGAGGCAAACUGCCUUCGUGGGUCCGUCCCUACGUGAACGUUUAUGACAACUUCGGGCACGCCGUCAGAAGCGUCUCUCUCUUCUUCCGUGUUGCUCAAGAAACUAUGCCCCAACCCGUGCCUCAGUGCCCUCCUGGACAUGCUGGUUCCCUAAGUGAAAGCAGUGCAGCACCAUCUACUUCAUCUGAGCAGAUCCUCUCCCUGCAGAAAGCUAAAAACCUGGAUGACCAUGUUCCAAGUUUGAAGAGGAAAAGGAAAGUAAAUGGAGAUGGAGCACCCAGCCUGUGUGUGGAAUAUGAACAAGAGUUUGUCUCACCCCGGAGAAAAUGCGUUGGGCUCUUGGAUGCCUUGGAGCGCAGUGAGAAGAGCAGUGAAGAUGCAGAGGAGGAAACUGAUUUGCCAGGAGAGGAAAAGGCUCAUCGUCUGUCCACACUUUCCCUUCAGUAUGAGAAGAGAUUAUCAGAUGAGCAGAAAGGGGGAAGGAAGAAAAUAAAGCUAGUCAGCAAUACACAGGAGCGGCGAGCGGAGCCGGCGGAGCCCAAGAAGGCGCGAGCCACCUUUUACAUCGCCACCGUGAAGGACACCCUGAGCCAGCAGAACUACGAGCUCUUCUCCAAGGCUCUGCAGCAGUACAAGAAGACGGAUGACUUCCAUGCCAUGCUGUCCCAGAUGAGCUCCCUCUUUGUAGAGGAUGAAAAAAAGCACGUCUUGCUGCGAGAUUUUUACCAGUUUGUUCGACCCCAGCAUAAGAAGCAGUUUGAUGAAGCAUGCUGCAAUCUGACUGGAGUGGGCUGUGGCUACAAACCUGAGCACAGCCUCCCCCGGGAGGAGAGGGAGAUCCUGGCCAAGAAAAUGGAAGAAAAACAAAGCCAGCAGAAAAGUACCUUCUCCAAGGCCUCGUGUGCUCAGCUGAACCCUGGGCUCCACCUGAACCAAGGAGGAUCCCACUUGACAACAGGACUCAAUAGUGCAGGGCAGAAUGCCAGUGCAGCUCCAAGGAAAGAGGCUGAAAAGGCUCCAGGCUCCAGGAGAGAGCAUCACCAGGCCCUCAGGACUGCCUAUCUCAGUGAUGUGCAGAGGGCUUUGGACAAAAGCAGCUACAGGCAGUUCUAUGAGGCUCUGCUGGCUUACAAGAAGACGGAUAAUUACGAUGCCAUGGUGUCAGUGAUAGCUGCCCUCACCACCGAGAGGCCACAGGACUUUCAUCUCCUACAAAGGUUUUACAUGUUCGUGCGUCCUCACCACAAAGAGCAGUUCAGAGAGCUCUGUAAGAGUUUGACUGGAAUGGUCUGUGGUGAUGGAGAGAAGCAACUGCAACAGUUGGAGCAAAGUGAAAGGAAACCCCAGAGCUUAGAGAGCUGCACAAAAGGAAUGAGCCACAUACAAGAUGCAGCCCCUUCUAAGAGUGGGGCACCAGAGAAGAUUCAGAGUAAGAUUUCCUCCUUCUGCUUUAGCCAGAAAAGUGAACUUGAGUUGCCAAAGACUGAAGUGUCCAAAGAAACCAAUAAUGUGAGGGCACCCACAGACUCUGGAGUUGUGCCCAUUUUUCCCCUAGAGAUGGAACCAGAGUGUGGAAGAUUCCACUGCUCUAACUGCAAAUCCGAGGAUGAUGUGCCUUUUAAAUGCCCAUUAUGUGACUUCACUUGCUGCAAAACGUGCUGGAAGCAGUUCGUAAAGGCGAAGAAGUGCCCCAAGUGCCGCAGUGACGUGAAGAGGCAGCGAUUAAUCCAAGUUUUCUUCUGGUCCUGAUGCCACCCACAGAAAGGGCAGGAAGUCCUUUGUGCCAGCAGAAGGCAGUGGCUGUGCUCUGGCUCUUGCUGAGCAGGAGCAGCAUGGAGGUUCCUUGGAAUCCCUGUGAUCCUUGUCUCUGGAUUACGAGCUGAUCGUUUUCCAACAAAGGUGGUCAGUUCCGAAAGGUCUCGCUGCAGGAGACAAAGCAGAACACUGUCCUCUGUUAGAACUAAGAAAGUUAUUUUUUUACUUAUUUUUAUCCUCUGAAUUCUUCUGUGGCCACUCUUAGGCUGAAAUUUUAUAUCCUGGAGGCAGCUGCCAUUUUAUGGGCCCUUCAGGUAAUACCAGAUCAUGGAAAAACCCCAGGAAUGUUCCUACAAUGGAACUGAGCUGGCUGAGGAUGCCAGACUACCCAUCCCUACCCCACUGGUGUUCCUGGAAGAGGUGAUUCACAUUCACUCUUGGGGUUUGGCACCAGCCAUUGUCUCCAAUAGCAGAAGAUACUGAAAGGAUCAUUUUUUUACAGACAAAUUCCACUGGUGGAUGGUGAGCAGAAGCUCCCUCUCACCCGCUGUGCAUCCCAAAGCCUGAUUCCAUCGUGCACCAUGGUGGGAUUUUUUGGAACACGCUUCUAAGGAGACUUUAUUCUUCACUCAGUGCUGGUAUUUCCAUGUGCCCGUGCUACCUGAUUUGCUUUCCGAGAAGAAGGAUCUAAAUGUUUUAAAACUUUUAAAUUAAUCAAGUUAGUUGGGUUAAAAAAAUUCUUUAUUUCCACUCUCUGUGAGUAGUGGAUAUAAGUGGUUAACCUAAAAAAUUGUAUCUAUUUUAAAUCUUCUGUAGCUGCUGGUAAUUAGACUGUAAAAUAAAACCAUUUUGUCUAAAUUUGAUUUGGUUAGAUUAAAAAAAAAAAAACCCAGGAAUUAAAAAUAAUAAUAAAAAAACCAGAUAUAAAAACAUUGGCUAUUAGGUCCUAAUGGCCCUGGUAGGAGCAAGUGGAAAGGUUGUAGUCCGCAGGUGGUUUUCAUAUCAAUGGAAUUUGGAAAAUUUUAUGUUAAUAGAAUUUUAUUCUUAAUAAAAUUGAAAAGUGAGCUGCAUUUUAACAAAGUUUCCAGUUUCUCCUGGUUGUAGAAUUCAAACCCAGUGUCUCUUAAAAUCUCAGAGUUGCUGACAGUGAAAUGGGAACUUUUGUACUUCAUUGACAAUUAACAAAGGCUUAAGGCAGGAAUUGAGGUAGCUCUGGGCUAGCAUAUAUUGUCUUGUUUAAGUUUGUGGAUGACUGUUACCUUCUAGCUGUGUAUCUAUUCAGUGCAGCAAAACAGGAAUAAAUAAUGCAGAUAAAGUCCUGGAUGUUUCAAAUAUAAACGGGGGAAAUGACAGAAAAGUGUUAUAUAAAUACAGGUGUGUUGUAAAAAUGAACAGAAAAAGAUUUGGAGUGAGGCUGGGAGCAGUGAGCAGUAAAAUGUCAUUUUUUGGUGGGUGGCUCAGAUCCUGGUCUCCUGGCAAGGUCUCUCCCAGGAAACUGCAGCUGGCUGCUUGUGCCACUGGAGGGAAGCCACAGCACGGCCAUGAGCGUGCUCGGGGGCGGUGACACCGCGGCUCGGGACGCGGUUGCCGGUGGGAAUGAUCUGCCGUGGGCUGCAAAAGUGCUGCCAGAUCCAGUAAGACAGAAGGAAAUACUUGAGAAGUAUUGUGGGGUUGAAUCACCCCACACGCUUGGAAAGGGGGUGGCUGGGACAAAUAUUACGAUGCUGCUUUUUCCCCUCAGCUCAAGUAAUUUUAAAGCUGUGCCUUUUCCUGGAGUUGUUUUAGUCUGAAGACUGUUCCAGCCUGGGGCUGCUCUGUUCUGACACAGGGCAGAGGAACAAUGCUGAGAAUAUCUCAGAGCCUUCAAGAGAUUCACAGAACGGUUGGGGUCGGAAGGGACCUCUGGAGAUCACCCAGUCCAACCCCCCUGCCAAGGAAGGGUCACCUGGAGCAGGGGACAAGGGAAUGCAUCCAGGUGGGUUUGGAAUGUCCAGAGAAGGAGAGUCCACACCCUCCCUGGGCAGCUGUUCCAGUGCUCUGCCACCUCCACGGAAAGCUCUUCUCCAUGUUGAGGUGAAAAUUCUUGAGUUUCAGUUUAUGGCUGUUGCUCCUUGUCCUGUUGCUGAGCACCACAAAAGAGUCUGGCACCCCCUGGAGAUACUGAUGUGCAUCAAUGAGAUCCCCUCUGAGCCUUCUCCAGACUGACCAGGCUCAGCUGUGUCUCCUCAGCAGAGAUGCUCCAGGCCCUUCAUCAUCUCUGUGGCCUCUGCUGGAUCCUCUCCAGUAGCUCCUUGUCUUUCUGACACUGAGGGGAAAACUUGCUGAGGGUUUUUCUCUCCCUUCAUCCAGGCUAUUCCAUCCCUUUGUCCAGGGAACUCCAUCUCUUCAUCUCUCACUCUUCAACUGAGCGAUUUUCUUGCUGAAGAGGUUUACAGUCCCUGCCCUUCACCAGCUGAACCCACCCGGACAAGCUCUGAAACAUCCAGCGUCCCACCAGGGCAGAUGGGUUUGCUUUGGGGUGGGUUUGGGUUUGGUGCUGAUUUCUGGUGCACUGGGGGUUGCACUGCAGUGGAUCUGGGAAUCAGUCCCUGCUGUUGGUGGUUGGUGCAGGACAGAUGGAUGCUAAUGGGUCCUGGAGAUGGGAGAACUGGAUGAGCUUUGGGUCCCUCUCCACCCAAACCCUGCUGUGAUUCCAUGAGGCCUUGAAGAAGAGGGUCCCCAGCAGUCAGGACUGUUCUGUCAUCUGGAAACUUGUUGAAUUUACAAGAAGGAAAGACAGGGGCAGUUGAUUAAUUAUAAACAACAGAAAGUGAAAAAGCAGUUUCAGAAAAAUCUCUAUUGCUUUAGGUGCUUACAGGAAUUUAUGCAAAUUUCUUAAUGCUUGGGGGACAAAAACCUAUCCUGGUCACUCCUUGCUGAUUUUCAGAAGCAAAUGACACAUGGCUUACAGAUGAUGAAGGAAGUAGAUACUAAUUUUUGAUUGCCCUUGCCUUGCAGUGCUAUGACUAGACCUGGAACAUUGUAGUGUGUCAUUGAACAAACCUUUCCUGCUGGUUUUUUCUGGCCCCAAAAAACUGGAAGGACUCACAAAAGAGAUCAAAAUCAGCAAAGCAAAAUGUUUCUUCAGGAAAGAGAUGAGCCCUGUCUCUGGCUGGCAGAGUGGUUACUGAUGGGAAGCAAGGUUUUCUUUGCUUAACGGAAUUUUCUAUGAGUAUAACAAGAAACCUUAUUUUGCAAGAGUAGUUUCAGAAGGUGGUGCUGCUGGAUACCCUGGAGUGUGAAACUAUGCCCUGAAUGGAGAAGUGAAGGCAGA